AAAAAGCUGACAUAAUUUCUUGGUUGGAAAAAAAUAGGGUUCGUCAUAACGACAAAAUGUUGAAAAUAGAACUUUUGGAUAUUGUUAAAAAAAUAAAACAUAAAUACGAUAAAUAUAUUAUUGACGAAAUGGCCAAAGAAAUAGGUAUCGACGUGUUACGUUUACCUCCGUAUCAUUGUAAUUUAAAUCCUAUUGAAUUGAUAUGGGCAGAUAUGAAAGGUUACAUCGCACGUCACAACACAACAUUCAAACUGUCGGAUGUGCGAAUUUUAAUGAAUGAAGCUAUCGAACAAAUAAAUGAAGAACGAUGGAGAAAAUGUAUUGAACAUAUAGAAAAAGAAGAACAACGAAUGUGGGAACUUGAUGAGAUUUCAGAAACUGUUGUAGAAAAACUGAUUAUUCAGUCUAACACAAGUAGUGACGAAAGCGAUAUAAAUGAUUACUUUGAGCAACUAUGUUCUGAUACAGAUGAUUAAUAAGGUAAGUUUACACUAUAAUUAUUUUAAAAAAUUUUUAUUUAUAUAAAUAUAACAUAGAUAAAUUCAUACAUGUUUUCUGUAAGUCUUAAUAAUAUAUAUUUAAUAAUAAUUUUUGACAAACUAUAUUUAAACGAUGGAAAUAAUUUAAACGGCUACGUAAAAAUGUUAAAGUAAGCUAUAAUAACUUUUCUAAGUAUUGUAUUAUCUCGGUAAUUUUUAAAUUGUUGUGACAACUUUGACCUACUUUAACACGUGCAGAGAAAGGGGCUUAACUGGUCAACACGUGUCGAGCCACUUCCGAUUGUGAUUUGACCAAUGAAAAUCUUCGGCGGAUUAAUA